AUGUCUACAACCACCUCCAGAGAGGUCACACGGUACCUGAAGAGAAAACUCAACAACGGCCAGGAAAUCCCCGUGGCUGGCUUUGGCGUUUAUGCCAUCUCCAAGCGCAACACAUUCGACUUAGUCUACGAAGCGUUGGUUCAGGGGUACCGCCAUAUUGAUAAUGCUGUUUUGUAUGGCAAUGAAAAGGAGGCGGCCCAGGCGGUGGAGCAGUUUGUGAACGAUAGCAACGGGAAGGUCAAAAGAAGUGAUAUUUGGUAUACCACUAAGAUCUACGAUGGAGACCACGGUUACGAGAGAACCAGGGCUGGCGUCGAGGCAAUUGCUGGCAGAGUGAAGGAACACAUUGGGUAUGUGGAUUUGGUGUUGGUACAUUCGCCGUUGUCCAAUAGGGAGAAGAGAUUGGGGACGUGGAAGGCGUUACAGGAGUACCAGGGGGAUCCAGGUAAUGGGACGCUCCAGAUCAACUCUAUUGGGGUUUCAAACUAUGGAAUUAGACACCUUGAGGAGUUGUUUUCCUGGGAGGGCUAUAAGGUAAAGCCUGUGUUGAACCAGCUUGAGUUGCACCCUUGGUUGCCCCAUAUCGAGUUGAGGAAGUACUUGGAAAAGCAUGAUAUCGAAGCUGAAGCGUACUCGCCAUUGACCCAGGGGUACAAUUUGGACGAUCCAGAGCUUCUUGCGUUGGAGAAGAAGUAUAAGGUUUCGAAGAUUGAGAUUUUGUUGAAAUGGUCGUACCUUCAGGGGUUUAUUGUUUUGGCGAAGACUGGGAAGAAGGAGAGGGUGAAACAGAAUCUUGAGGUUUUGCCGGAAACGGGGGUGGUGCAGUUGGAUGAAGGGAUUGUUCGGGCUUUGGAUAAGCCGGGUUCGAAGGAGAGUUUUGUGUGGGGGGUGGAUCCGGCGCUGUAG